AUGCUUCCAGACCCGCUUGAAUCAAAAGAAAUUUUGCAACAAUUUGAACAGCAAAGACAACAAAUUCAAGAAGCAUUAAAUAAACAAACAUAUCAUCAAUUUUUGGCAUAUGCACAACAAACACAUCCUGGAGAACCUGAAAAGCAAGAACAUUUAAUUUCUCAACUACAAGAACAACACUAUCAACAAUACAUGUCGCAAGUUUAUGCCCAAGCUCAAGCAGCUUCACAAGCUACUUCAAAUGGAGGUUUAAAUUCAAAUUUUGUUUCGGAUUUGGAAGCUGCCCUUCCUUCAAAAACAACUGGAAAAGCAGCGAAAAAUUCGCCUAAACCAAAAAUUAAGAGUGUUAAUGAAGUUGGGGAAGGUGAAGGUAGAGGAGGAGGUGAUUCUGAAGUGAGUGAUGAAGACGACGAGGAGGAAGAGGAUGAAGAAGACUUCACUAAUGGAGAAAUGCCUGGUGAGGAAUUAAUUUUAGAAAAUUUUGUGGUUUUUUGGAGGGUUUUUUUAAUUUUUAGGGGGUUUUUUGGGGAUUUUUGGAGAUUUUUUUAUAAUUUUUUGAGGGUUUUUUUGGAAUUUUUGGGGGUUUUCUUAAUUUUUGAGGGUAUUUGGGCUUUUUUUGGGGAUUUUUGGUAUUUUUUUUUAUUAAAUGCGGAAGUGUUAACGGGAUAA